AUGAAACCACUGGCUCAUCUAUUACUUUUGCUCGCCCUUUGUUGGUCGAGCACCUUAACGGAUGCCUAUUUUUACGUUCCCAACUUUAUGAACUCGCUUCCCUUCCAAGCUGGCAGUGCUUUUGCUACGCGUAACAAUUCGCUUAUCGUCUUUGGUGGCCAAAAUGCAACAACCGUGUAUACCAACAACCUAUAUCAGUUGACCCAAACAGCCGAUAGUUUCACUUGGGAGGAGCUUCCACAAAACAAUCGACCACCUGGUAACCUAUAUGGACAAGCCGUUGUGUCCAGCACAGGGCAAACGAUGUUGCUUUUGGGUGGUCUUGCGGAGGCAACCGUUAACCAAAUGGUACCGAUUCAGAUGUACUCGUACAACUUUAGCACGCAAACUUGGGCUGCAUGGGCGAAUAACAACAAUGCAAAUGUUACGGGUGUUCCUUUGAACCGACAAAUGUUUAGCGCCUCGUACGACAACAGCAACACCAUAUACAUUUUUGGCGGAUCGUUGAACAUGUCAGCCAUUUAUCAAGAUUUCUACGCGCUUGAUACAAGAAGCAUGUCCUUUACAGAACUCCCCAAUCCUGGUCAAGGACGUUAUGGCCAUACAUCAUCAUUUUUGAGUAAUGGUAAGCUCGUGAUCAUCGGUGGUGUCGCAGCAACCGCUGAAUCCACAGGAUUGGCGACUAUGGAACAACUACUUGUUUUCGACACCCAAACACGCACAUGGUCAACACAACAAACGCAACCUGAUAGCACAACCAACAAGUUCCCAUCUACGCGAUCCGAUCAUAAUGCUGUUGUCACCAAGGACAACAAAAUUAUCGUUUUCGGAGGUGAUAGUGGUGGAGAUAUGCGUACACGCAUGUACAUCAAUUCGGUGGCCAUUCUUGACACCAACACGUGGACUUGGACGGUUCCAUCAACUGAUGGUAUUCCUCCCUCACGCCGAUCGUUUGCUGCAGCUGGUAUCCUUGAUGGCGAGCAUCUCACUGUCGCAUUUGGUACAUCGCUUAACACCUAUUACAAUGACAUUAAUGUGUUCACUCCUACCGACAACAAGUGGCUACAGACGUUCAAUGACAACACCAAAGAUAGCAGCAGCGGUGUCUCAGCUGGUCUUAUUGCAGGUGUUACCAUUGCAGGCGUGGUGUUGCUAUGCAUCAUCCUAUUCUUGUUAUGGCGAUUCCAAUCUUACUUCCGCUGGUUGGUGGUGCGCAUUCACAACGAUAUUUGGAAGCCACGCACGGGUGAGCCUGUAUGGGCAGAGACGAGUCGUAUUGUAUCCCAAAUCUUUUUGCUUCUCAUCUUCGUUGCGUUUUUGGUCUUUGUCAUUCGUCAAGCUAUCACAAGCCCUAAUGUAACGCAACGUAUUGAGGAACCAGCUGCCCAAGUGGAUGUACCAGAUGUGCGAUUUUGCUUUGAUGGAUUCCCUAACUAUGGCGAGAUGGAUAGCCGCAGCCCUGGUGUAGUGUGCCAAACCGACACUGGUUAUUCAUGUAAUAGAUUCGUGCAGCCACUCAACAUGAGCAUAUUCCAACCCACGUUUGCCUCCCAAUUGGGAGCUGUCAACUGCUUCCUCUUCCGCAGCGAUGAAAGCUUCAAGAUGACUUCAACAUCCGGUGCCAACAAUGGAUCACGUUUAUUAUUCACAUUCUUUGGUGACCAAAGCAUCUCGUAUGGCCGUGUACAUGUAUCACUUUAUCCAAAGGCAAUGGAUCCCAAUGUCAAGGUUUACAAUGUCAACGACGAUAUCCCCGUAGUCAUGUCGGACUUUGACGUUUUAACAUGGCAGAACAAUGAGCGCAAUGAUAUCCAGACUACCAACAUCUUUGAAGUUGAACCCUAUAGCUACAAUGCCCUCAGCUACAAUCUCAUCGAUCACCGAUACUUGCAAGAUGUUGGAUGGAAUUACGUUGGCUUUUCACCUAUCACCAACUCGACACCCGAAGUUGAAAGCAAUUUCCGUGCUGAAGCACCCAAUCCUAACUACACCCAAACGCAUGCCGAUCUUGCUUUUAUGGCUGUGUAUCCCGAAGCCUACGCCAACUUUACCGAUCGCGAGGUCAAAAUGUAUACCUUACUCAAUGCUCUCGGCUUUGUGGGUGGUGUGUUUGGCUUACUUGUAGCUGUGCAAACAUGGCUCUUUGGUUUCAGACCUUCCAGCCCAUGGGGAACAGUACAUCGAUGGGCUGUGGGUGAUUUGAAACGAUCUCUGCUACGUGGUUUGCAAACAAACUUCAAGACAAAUGAGUCAUCAAUUCCUUUGGUGCAUCCAUUGCAUCCUCGUUUCAGCAUGAACAAUGUAAGCAACCUGGAAUACGAACCAGAUGGCCAACGUAUUUCACGCGUUGAGGAACGUAUGCAAGUCCUUGAAAUGCUCUUCAAAUCAUAUUACGUGAACGAUGAGAUCUUCCGAUCAUUGGAUAAUGCCACCAGGUCAUCACCAAGAUCACCUACAGCAGCUGCCGAAGCUGGUACCAUGUUCCCUGCUGCUGCUACCGAAAAGGAUUCAGCGAUUGCUCGAAGUAAUACCGGCGGGUUCUCGCACAUGUUCAACAAUCGUAAUUCCACCGAUAGCAGCGAUGACGAUGAUGAAUCAAGACAACGAUUGAAGGACCAUCAACACCUGUAA